CGUGCCCACUUCCCGCUCCAAGUUCAGAAACACAAUUUCAUCCUUUUCUUUUUCGCAUUCGAGCUUAUGAGAAACAAUAUUGUUAACCCUCAUUCUCUGCUACCGGCGACACAAUUGCGCCAUCGUCACUCCGUUUGCUCGCGCUGCCACUGUCGCUCCUCAGGGCCAGAGAUAUGGGAGGAUACCAUUGGCAAUAUUGAUGUAUUGGUUGCCGGUAUUGGAACUGGUGGCACUGUUACCGGCACUGGACGUUACCUGAAAAUGAUGAACACCAACAUAAAGGUGGUUGGUGUGGAACCUGCUGACAGAAGUAUAAUCUCAGGAGACAAUCCAGGUUUCAUGCCAAACAUUUUGAAUAUCAAACUGCUCGACGAAGUUAUCAAGGUAAUGGUGGGUUUACAAUUUGAACCGUUCAUUGAAGAUUUGACCUCUCUUGUUAAAUCCGGGGAAGUACCAAUAAGCAGAAUUGAUGAUGCUGUUGAGCGAAUUUUGAGAAUGAAGUUUGCCGCUGGUCGUUUUGAAUUUCCUUUUAGUGACAGAUCUUUGCUAGAUAUGGUUGGAUGCAAGCAACAUAGAGAUCUAGCACGUGAAGCAGUUCGAAAGUCCUUGGUUCUGUUGAAAAAUAGAAAAGAUAUUAGCAAACCCUUUCUUCCAUUGGAUAGGAAAGCAAAGAGAAUCCUUGUUGCUGGGACUCAUGCCGAUGAUCUUGGAUUUCAGUGUGGAGGUUGGACCAAAACUUGGUAUGGAUGUAGUGGGAGGAUUACCAUUGGUAAGCCAUUGAUUUCUCUGCUUUUCUGACAUACUUUGUUUCCUCUGAAAAUCUGAGAACCUUUGUUGCCUUCUCAACAAUACUGAAGUACUACUUUGCUCAUUGCUUCAUUAACUAACAAAUCUAGAAAUUCAUUUACUCCAUCUAUUCCCAAGUUUCGACAUUAGUUUUCUAGUAGGGAUUGUCCUAUACUCAUACUUAUGAUAGCAGUUAAGAUUGAUUUAUACUCUAUCGGUUGCUCAUGAAAUGCCCUAGAGUGACAGGUAGGUAUGUAUGGUUGGUUAUAGGCUUAUAGCCCCGCUUUACAUGCCCUAUAUGGUGCAGAUUUAUGACAAACUUCUCUUGCAGAUUUUCCGAUUUUGUAGAUCUAAAUGCCACAAGAACUUCAAAAUGAAGAGGAAUCCUCGAAAAGUAAAAUGGACCAAGGCGUAUAGGCGGGUGCAUGGAAAGGAUAUGACUCAGGAUUCAACCUUUGAGUUUGAGAGAAAGCAAAACAGGCCAGAGAGAUAUGACAGGAAUCUUGCGGAGAACGUCCUCAAGGCCAUUUCAAAGAUUGAAAAGAUCAGUCACCAGGGAGGAGAGGCACCAUAAGAAUAGAAUGAAGGGCAAGAAAGAAAAGAUACAAAAGGAGGCAGCAAAGGAGUUGGAGCAGGGCAUCAGUUUGGUCAAAGCUCC